UUUCAUCCUUGUCGCCUACUGAGACUAGUCAUAUCGCGGUCGUCGUCACUGACGGGUCUCUCUCUCUUUCGGGUCUUCCGCACGGGUCGUAAAGUUGUCGGUUCGCGGGUCCCUAAAAAAACGGACCAUUUCCGGAAGUUCUGACCAGGUUGGCCGGAAGUGGGCCCCUCCCAGCAGAGGAUCAACAAAAAAACUUUCACAUCAUUGGAUACCAAGUUGGAUUAAUCGUAGUUGAAUGUUAUGGAUCCGAAAAGUGAAGUUCUGUGAAGAAGAUUGAGUCCGUCGGAAUUCCCCGAAGGUCCCAACCGAAGGACAUUCCGUCAAACGGUACGCUGUCUAGCCUUUUCUCUUUUCGGGAAGGUCAUCGCCGAGGAUAAGUCGGCUGGAGGUCGCAGCACACUACUGCAGAGAUUGGAGUCACGUGGAGCGGUUCGUGAUUUGAUUUGAUCGAUGCAAAUGUUCCGACCCGGUGACCGCGUCUCCGUCGGACCGGAAACGGCCAACUAAUCGGAUUUGAAAUCGACGGCGGCGGCGCAUCGGAUUCGUGGGGGAAAAUACAUGAAAAAUUCAGUGAAAACAAUUAAAAUGAGCUUUUAGUGCGGUUGGCGGUGGUGGUGGUGGCCAGGCUCACGAAGGCCCGGAAAUUGGCCGUGGAGUUGGGAAUGGUGAAAUCGAAUUUCGAAUCGUUUAAUUGCUGCGAUUUGGUGGAUACUUGGUGAACGGAAGAGCAGCAACAGGAAGCAAAAAAGAAGAAGGAAGAAGAGGUCAAGGGUGAAGGUGGAGGAGGAGUUUGGGGCGUAGUUUGAGUGUUCGCGGACCGGGUGCCAAUGCCGGUUGGAAAUGUUCCCUAUCACCACCGAAGGAAGUACUCUCCCCAGGUUCCACCGGAUUACCAGUCACGAAUAUUUUUCGGCGAUUAUAUGCGAGAGAACCGCCCGUCCCGAGUAGCAGGUGGAAGUGGUCACGUCGGAACCAGCACAGUAGCGGCCCCCGCCGCGGGAACUCAGCUGUCAAACAGUGGCGCCUCCAGCGGCGAAGAGCAGCAGUACUCGAGCAGUGCCGCGUCCUCCGUUGCCCAGGACACCGCUGGAUCGGUCAAUAAUUUCCCCGGUGGCCUCCAGCAGCAGCAGCAGCACAACGGCAAUGGACCGACCUCGCCGGUUUCAGGCUCGCAGAUAAGUCUGGGGCAGCAGCGGGUCACCACCAACAACAACAACAUUGCUGUCAUUGGUGGAUUAGCCGGGAGUGGCAGCUUAUCGGCGGCGGCGGCGUCGUCCGGGAAUAACUGCUGUGCCGGUUCCGGGGGCACCGCUGGAGUGGCGGGCUGCGAUAGCAACGGUAAUGACGACGGCUGUGCCGAGCUCCAGUUUCACCACCAGAGCUCACCCGGUCCCACCUCGAGUACAAACAGCUACACGAUAGGUGGCAGCACCGGUGGCAUCGCAGAUCUCCAGCAUCAACAACAGCAACAGCAACAAAUUCUGAAACAGCAGCAAACAAGCCAAACGCAGCAACAACAUCAUCAACUGCAACAACAGCAACAACAACUGCUCCAACAAUCAUCGAGUUUAUCAAGUAGUAAUAGUCUAAUUAAUAACAAUAAUCAAAUUAGGGAUAGUUACGGCGUGACGGCGUCGGCCAUUGUGACCCUCGGCAGUGGUGGUGGCGGCAGUGUUGCCAGCAACAGCAACAACAACAAUCAUCAUCAGCAGCAGCAGCAGCAGUUUCAGGGUGGUGUUGCCACUGGCAGUCAUCACGUGAGCUUAGUGGGCGUCUCCGCGGCAUCGUCGGCCACCAUGACCACCUCGACGGCCAUCUCGCCGCCGCGGCCAAUGCAAAAGGUGAUACCGACGGUGGUCUACCUGAUGUCCCGCAUUGCUGUACAUAUGGAGAUCGAGGGAACCGCACAAUGCCCGGCCCAGGUCAUGCUGGCCGCCGCACUCGGCUGUGAAGAGCUAGGAAUUACGAAUAAGCUGCUGGCGCAGUCCGUGUUCGGGCUGUGGAUGACCAGUCCGCUGCUGGAGGUUCAGCUGAAACCGCACCACCGGCCGUACGCGGUGCGGGUCGCGUGGUCCAAGCUGCUGGACAAGCACAGCCACGGGAACGAGCUGGAGAAGCUGUCGGACGAACCGAUGACCAUGCUCCGGAGGAAUGUGUUCUUUUCCAAGCGGGACGAGGAGAAGAUCAAGGACCCCCGGAUACUGGAACUUCUGUACGAGGAAGCGCGCCACAAUGUCCUGCACGGGCGGUACGUGAUGGAAUCGUCCCACUCGAUCAUGCUCGGAGGAAUCCAGGCCCGGAUAGAACUGGGCCCGUACAACUCCCACACGCACUCCACUAGUUAUUUUAGAGAGAACCAAUUCCGCUUCCUGCCGGCGCACGUGGCCAAAAGCUCGAGCUGGUCCUGGCUGCCGAUCAGCCGGCGGACGUCGGCCGAGGUAAGACUGCUAGAACAAUUCAAACGGGUGCCGACGACGGCCACGACCAAGAAGCUGAUGCGGAAGUACCUCGAGUUUUGCUGGGCACUGCCGUUCUACGGUGCCGCCUACUUCCACGGCCAGGUCGAGCAGCCAGUUCGCGGCCUGAUGAGCUUAAUGCAGCAAAAGGACCUGCCGGUGCUGAUAGCGGUCAACGAGCGGGGCAUUUAUGUGAUAGAUCAGAUCGAAUGCACCCUCCUGCUGGGCCUCAAGUACGACGAGCUGUCGUGGGACUACGCCAAGCCGAGCAACGUCAACGAUCCGGAGUGUUUGCCGUGCAUCUUCCUGCAGUUUGGGGCCGUCGAGAACGGGAUCGCCGCCACCAAGCUGAUGCAGAUCUUCACCCGCCAGGCCGCCAUGGUGGACGCCUUAAUCACGCACUUUAUCGAGCAGGCCAAGCGGCGGAAAGAAAGUGGCGGCGUGGCAGGGGGAGCGGCUGGUGAGGUGCCGGAAGUGCCCAUCGUGGGGGUGGUCGGCGUGGGCGGCGGCGAGAAUCCGUACGAAGCAGAACCGAACCCAAUCCAGAACAACGGCGUCGGAGUGCUGAGCAACAAGCUGUCCCGGCUGACGUUGGCCACGUUCGAUGACGAGGGUCGCUGCAUUGGCCAGACGGGGUCACUGGCGAUUAGUUAUUAACAUUUAAUUCUCGUCUAAGGAUGGAUGUGGAUGAGUGUGAACGCAAAUUAAAAAAACCAAACACGUUUGAAUCUGGUCUGAAUGUGUCGAAAUGUGUGCAGGAGAUAGUUCUAGAAUAGGAUAAAUCCAAAAUGUAAGAAAACAAAGGAGGUAAACCAAUAAGAAUAACAAAAAACAGUGAAUGGAAAAUCUGUGUAGGAAACAAAAAAAAAAAAAAAA